CUUCCCUAGAAUAGGACAGAUGAAGGACAGGGGAGACUAAGUAGACAAGUCUCUACUUUUCCCUGGGUGUUCUUGGAACUGGGCCUGGAACCAGAGGUGAGGAUGGUGUCCAGGCCGGUCUCUGUUGAACUGCACCCAGAACAAGGUGAAGGCUCAUCCUCUGGCCAGGAUCGUGGGCUUCCGUGACCACAGAGCAGGACAGGGAUCCAGAGAGGCUCCGACCCAAGAGACGGGAAGCUGACAGCUGGACCAUUGGCCUGGAAAUAGCCCAACAAGAAGCUGUUACCAAAGCCAGAGUAGAGAUCUGAGUCCAGGUUCAGCCCCCAGGAUGCUGUUCAUCAUCAGGGCCGGAGCAUGUGGAGGUGAUGCAAGGUCACACGGAAGUGGCCAGACCAGCUGUUCCCGGGUCCUCUCCCCCAAGCUGGAACUCUCCAGCUCAUCGCGUCAUCUGCAGGGUGUGCCACAGAUCACAACAUGGACAAUACCACAGGGAUGCUCCGGGAAUGGCUGGCUGCUGUGGGCCGUGACUAUGCGACUGUGGUCUGGAAGCCUGAGGAGGAGGCCAGAGAACAAGAGGCCCCUCUCUCAAGAGAGCAUCUCGCCUUUCCGCACUUCAGGUCCUACCCAGAUGAACAGGGUCCCAAGCACUGGACCAAAGAAAGGCAUCAGUUUUUGAUGGAGCUGAGACAGGAAGCGUUGGCUUUUGCCAGGGACUGGGGAGCUGACUACAUCCUGUUUGCAGAUACAGACAACAUUCUUACUAACAACCAGACACUGAAGCUUCUCAUAGAGCGGCAGCUGCCGGUGGUGGCCCCGAUGCUGGACUCCCAGACCUAUUAUUCCAACUUUUGGUGUGGAAUCACUCCACAGGGCUACUAUCGCCGCACAGCUGAAUACUUCCCUACUAAGAACCGCCAGCGCCAGGGCUGCUUCCGGGUCCCUAUGGUCCACUCUACCUUCCUAGUAUCCUUGCAAACCAAAGAAACAGCCCAGCUUGCCUUCUACCCGCCUCAUCCCAACUACACCUGGCCUUUUGAUGACAUCAUUGUCUUUGCCUAUGCCUGCCAGGCUGCUGGGGUCUCAGUGCAUGUGUGCAAUGACCACCGUUACGGCUACAUGAAUGUUGCAGUGAAACCCCAUCAGGGGCUAGAGGAAGAGAAGACCAACUUUAUCCACCUGAUUUUGGAAGCACUAGUGGAUGGGCCCCCAAUGCUGGCCUCAGCUCAUGUAUCUCGGCCCCCAAAGAAGCCCAGCAAAAUGGGGUUUGAUGAAGUCUUUGUCAUCAGCCUGGCUCGCAGACCCCAGCGCCGGGCUCGAAUGCUGAGCUCUCUCUGGGAGAUGGAGAUCUCUGCCCGGGUGGUAGAUGCUGUGGACGGCAGGACACUCAACAGUAGUAUCCUCAAACACCUCGGGGUGGACCUGCUCCCUGGCUACGAAGACCCUUACUCAGGCCGCACACUGACCAAGGGUGAGGUGGGCUGCUUCCUCAGCCACUACUCUGUCUGGGAAGAGGUGGUUGCCAGGGGCCUGGCUCGGGUCGUGGUGUUUGAGGAUGACGUUCGCUUUAAGGACAACUUCCCGAGGCGGCUGGAACGACUGAUGGAGGAUGUGCUGACUCAGAAGCUGUCAUGGGACUUGAUCUACCUUGGCCGGAAGCAGGUGAAUCCUGAGGAGGAAGUGGCUGUGGAGGGGCUGCCUGGUCUUGUGGUAGCCGGGUACUCCUACUGGACACUCGCAUACACCUUGAGCCUGGCAGGCGCUCGAAAACUGUUAGCGUCCCAGCCUCUGCACCGCAUGCUACCUGUGGAUGAGUUCCUGCCUGUCAUGUUCGAUCGCCACCCAAAAUGUCUUCUCUCACUUCACAGCGACCAGUACAAAGCUUACUUCUGGCCUCGGGAUCUCCAAGCCUUCUCAGCCAGGCCUCUGCUGGUCUCCCCCACCCACUAUGCGGGAGACACAGAGUGGCUCAGUGACACAGAGACAUCCUCCCCCUGGGAUGACGACAGUGGUCGCCUCAUUAGCUGGACUGGCUCUCAAAAGACUCUUCGUGGCCCCCACCUGCACCUAGCUGGCAGCAGUGGACACAGCCUCCAUCCUCACCCCAGGGAUGAACUGUAGGUGGGGCUGGACCUAGAAGAGGACCAGUCCAUGGCCCAGGCUUCCCUUCUCAGCUCUCUCCUCCUCCUCCUGCUUUUUCCUCCAUCCCCAACCCACCUCUUCUUUCUCUCUGAUUUCUCUAAUUUUGUCUCCAUCUUGCCUUUGUGUCUGUCCUUCUCUCUUCAUAGCUGUUGGCAUCUCUAUGUCUGACUUUCCUUUUAUUUCUUGCCCCCUUGGCCCCUGGCCCAUGAGGUCCAAGUGGGAACUUCAAAGGAACGAGAGUGGAGAGGAAGAGUUGACAGAGCCAGCAGAAACUUCACUGCUCUUUUGGGUUCAGCCAGUCUUCAAUCCUCUGGACUCAUUCCAGGGUGGGAGAACUGCUCAGAGACAGAGGACAUUCCUGAAGGUCACAGAGUGAGGGGACUAAGACCCCAGACUCUUGACUCUGUGUACAAAUUUAGAGCCCAGUGGGCUCAGGGACAGGGAGGCCUCAGCCUUUGGGGUUUCAAGCUGGCCAGCGCCCAGAGUCCUGCCCUCUGAGGACCCAGCUACUUUGCCUCUGUCUACCUCCACCUGGGCUCUCUCCCUGCCUCACAUCUGGGGCUCAUUAGCACCCUCUUUCCUGGCUGGUGGAAAGUGCAGGAAGAUGGGAGGUAUACCUGGUGCUCAACACACAGUAGGCCUUCAAUAAAAGCUGUCUGCAUUAGCACUUUAUACUUCA